AACCCCGGCUGGCAAGCAGACCGGGACGUUGAUUUACGACAGUUUACGACUGUCGUAGUUCAGUGUUUUCCUCUUUCUCAUUUACAGAGAAACGAGCACGCUGAUCGGGUAGAAACACUCUGUCUCACGAAAAAAAAAAAUGUUUACUCUGAGCAAGGAGAGCAAGCAGCGACUGCAGCAGCUUUUCCAGUGUGGACAGUUUGCUAUCCGCUGGGGUUUCAUCCCGACCAUUUUAUACUUGGGUUAG